UCCAGGCUUGCUACCAUUUAAAAUCAGACUCUUUUUGUCUUUUGAUUGCUGUCUCCAGCCCCAACUCCGAUGUGUUCCGUUAUCAGCGACCAGCAGCCUGCCGUUCCAGCCCCCGUCUGGGUGGGGAUCCGAGGCCAGUCUCCCGCAGCAGCGGCGGGCAAGGUUAUAUAGGAAGAGAAAGAGCAGGCGGCGAGGGAGCCAGCGAACCAGCAGCCAGCCGGAGCGCACAGGCACACCGCGCACACAGACCCGCGCGGGGACAGCGGGAAGGCGCCGGGCUCCGGGGACGAGAUGCUGCCGGCGAGAUGCGUGCUGGCGGUGUUCGUCUCCGCACUGCUGAUGUGCCCGGCGCUGGCGUGCGGACCCGGCAGGGGAUUUGGGAAGAGGCGGCACCCCAAAAAGCUGACCCCUUUAGCCUACAAGCAGUUUAUCCCCAACGUGGCUGAGAAGACCCUAGGGGCCAGCGGAAGAUACGAAGGGAAGAUCUCGAGAAACUCGGAGCGAUUUAAGGAACUCACCCCCAAUUACAACCCCGACAUCAUAUUUAAGGAUGAGGAAAACACGGGAGCAGACCGUCUGAUGACUCAGCGCUGUAAGGACAAGUUGAACGCCUUGGCCAUCUCGGUGAUGAACCAGUGGCCCGGGGUGAAGCUGCGGGUGACCGAGGGAUGGGACGAAGACGGCCACCACUCAGAGGAGUCCCUGCACUACGAGGGCCGUGCGGUGGACAUCACCACAUCAGACCGGGACCGCAGCAAGUACGGCAUGCUGGCGCGCCUGGCCGUGGAGGCCGGCUUCGACUGGGUUUACUAUGAGUCCAAGGCGCACAUCCACUGCUCCGUGAAAGCCGAGAAUUCGGUGGCGGCCAAAUCCGGCGGCUGCUUCCCAGGCUCGGCCACGGUGCACUUGGAGCAGGGCGGCACCAAACUGGUGAAAGACCUGCGUCCCGGGGACCGCGUGCUGGCGGCCGACGACCAGGGCCGAUUGCUCUACAGCGACUUCCUCACCUUCCUGGACCGCGACGACGGCGCCAAGAAGGUCUUCUACGUGAUCGAGACGCGGGAGCCGCGCGAGCGCCUGCUGCUCACCGCCGCGCACCUGCUCUUCGUGGCGCCGCCGCACAACGACUCGGCGGCCGGGGAGCUGGAGCACCUGGCCCCGCCCGCGCCUGGUGCGCCCGAAGCUCCGGGUGCAGCCGAAGCGCCAGGGGCCCCGGGCAUCCACUGGUACUCGCAGCUGCUCUACCAAAUAGGCACCUGGCUGUUGGACAGCGAGGCCCUGCACCCGCUGGGCGUGGCAGUCAAGUCUAGCUGAAGGCUAGGA